AACAUUCUACGUUAUGUCGCUAAGGCCUUUCUUUCCGGGAAGUUGUAAGGUUGCAUUUCACAUUAAAUGUGACAGCACAACAAUGGCUUCUGCUGGGCAGCUUUCAGAAAACGAGCGGCCGCGACACCGGCCUUUCUUAAUAGGAGUGAGCGGGGGAACCGCAAGUGGAAAGUCCACUGUGUGUGCAAAAAUUAUGGAGCUGCUGGGGCAGAACAAAGUGGACCAUCGACAGAGGAAAGUCGUCAUUGUUAGUCAGGACAGCUUCUACAGGGUCCUGACUUCUGACCAGAAGGCCAAGGCACUCAAGGGCCAGUACAACUUUGACCAUCCAGAUGCUUUUGACAAUGAGUUGAUGUACCAAACUCUGAAGGACAUUGUGGAAGGGAAGGUGGUAGAGGUUCCCACCUAUGAUUUUGUCACUCAUUCCAGACUGCAGGAGCGGAUCACAGUAUACCCUGCUGAUGUGGUGCUUUUUGAGGGCAUCCUGGUCUUCUACACCCAGAAUGUCAGAGACAUGUUCCACAUGAAACUGUUCGUAGACACCGACUCUGAUGUGAGGCUCUCACGUAGAGUUCUGCGGGACAUGAAGAGAGGCCGAGACCUGGAACAGAUCCUCUCUCAGUACACCACGUUUGUCAAGCCUGCUUUUGAGGAAUUCUGUUUGCCGACCAAGAAAUAUGCAGAUGUUAUUAUACCUCGAGGGGUUGACAACAUGGUGGCCAUCAACCUGAUAGUGCAGCACAUCCAGGACAUCCUGAAUGGGGACAUCUGCAAAUGGCAGCGUGCCUCGGUCACUGGGCACGGCCGCGGGGUGAAGAGGGCCAUCUCCGAGCAAGGCGAUAUCCCCAACGGGGCCACCAACCCCGCAGGGAAGCGGGUCCUUAUGGAGCCCAGCAGCCGGCCCCACUGAAGCGCCUCGCUGGGGGACUCCUCGACCCUGACCCCUCCCACUGAUCGAGUCCUGGGCUGUAUCAAAUGCAGGGAAGGGGCACUGUGCUGGGAGAAAUGGGGGUGUGGAGAAAGCUGAAAGUAUAGCAUUCAAACUGGUGAAAACAGUAGUUCCAAAUCUUCCAAUCUUAUAGCCUCUUCAGAAGGAAUCUCUGCAUGGCCUUGACACCAGCCAACAGCAAGUGUGUGACAGAAAAAAAACAUUAAUUGAACAAUCUGAUUUGAAGAGCCACCAUAUUUAUAGCUGCAGUUACUGUACGGGAAAAAAAGACUACAGCGGGGGAUGUCAACAGAUAAUCAGACACCAUGAUGGAAAUGGAAAAACACGUAGUAAACAAUUGACAUGCACUAUAUCACCCUGAGACCCUCACCUCUGUCUCACUUCCAUCCUGUUCUUCCUGUCCUGUGCAGAGGUGACUGUAACUAUGGGUGUUCUGUGUUUGAUUAUGCAUCUUCAUGGAUGCGUGAGACUGCAAAUUGGAAGACUUGGCUUUAACAAAGGCAUAGAAGGAAUGUUCAGUGUUAAUUGCAGUGAGCUGUGUAUCACAGAUAGUACUGCACUUGACAAAUAUGCAGCUCACUGCAAACAUGCGUAACAGUGAAAAUUCCACUUCAGUUACUAUUGAAGCUAAACCUGACCAUCAGCUCAGCAACUCAAGAGUUGAAACGCACCAGGCUGUAUAUCUAUCUGUUUAGUAAAUAAAGCAUUGAGACUUCGUUUUCCACCUGACUCUUCAGAAGAUGGUGGUGAACACCUUCACAUUGAAUGUUCUGCUGUACAGCAGUUUUAACUGUUUUCAAAAAAGUUUAACGCGAUAGUGUUUUUUUAAAUUAAUCUUAUGAAUACAUUCAAAUGUUAAGGCAUGUUAUAUUGGUCUUUGCAAACAUUUUCCUGGCAUGGCUGUUAAGGAAAACAUUGAAAAGACCUCUAGAGCUGUUUUUUUUUUCCACCAGUUGAAUAACAUGGUCCUGAACAGAGCUAGGUGUAAUCCAAACUAGACAAGUUAUAAAGUCAUAUAGCAGUACUGUGGCCACGGCCUGAGGUUCAGAAAAACUGUUCAUGAAACAUGAUUUUGUGCAGAGCAGAACAGGCGACACAUGCUCUGCGCCUGGUGAGAAAUUCACUUCCUGUCUCAAGUUUUUGAGAACCUCAGAUUUCCUAAAAAUACAUGAAGCCUCAUACGUAACACGAGUUAUAAACCCAUUUCACAUUGUGCCCAUCCGAAGCCAAGAAUUAGAUUUUCUGUUCUAUUUCCAAUAUUCUGCCUCAACUGAAAAUGUGCUGAAUCAGUCUUGCUUUCCUAUGUAACAUCUCUAAAAUGUAUAUUUGAAUUUUCCAUGUGUAUUAAGCUUGCUCACAGUAAGGAAUAUAUAUAUAUGAAUGUUUGUAACUGCGUUUAACUUUUGUGAUUUUUCUCGUUUGGGUAUGUAAUUAAAUGAAUUCGUCUCAUGGGCUGAAUUCAUCACCUUGACUAUUGUAUUAAUUUUCAUUAAACUCUUAUAAUGGU